AUGGCUGCUGCUUCUUCUUCAUCUUCUCCUCAAGAGAAGUAUGAUGUUUUUCUUAGUUUCAGAGGUGAGGAUACCCACAAUAAUUUUACUAGCCAUCUGUAUGCCGCUUUGUGUCAACAAAUGAUCAAUACAUUCGUUGAUGACGAGCUUAAAACAGGGGAUCAAAUUUCUCCAUCUCUUUGGAAUGCAAUUGAAGGGUCAAAGAUUUCCUUGAUCAUUUUCUCAAAAGAGUAUUCUUCUUCAGGAUGGUGCCUUGAAGAACUUGUAAAGAUCCUUGAAUGCAAGAACAGUUAUGGUCAGAUUGUAAUCCCUGUUUUCUAUGGUGUAUAUCCAUCAUAUGUAAGGAAUCAGAUUGAGACUUUUUGGGACUCAUUUUCUAAGCUUGAAAAACGUUUCAAGGGUUCGCAAGAAACAUUGCAGAGAUGGAGGACUGCUUUGAGAGAAGCUGCCAAUCUGUCUGGCUUUGAUUCAAAUGUCAUCAGGGGACCAGAGCUAUUCUAGGCAUGCGCUUGGAUAUGUCUGAAGUAAGACAGCUACAUUUAAAUCCUAAAUCUUUCAAGAAGAUGCAUAACCUAAGAUUCUUGGAAGUACAUGGCUGCUGGAAUGAUAAAAAGGUACAUGCUUUCGAAGUCAUAAAAUCUGAUUUCUCUAAGCUACGGUACCUUCGCUGGGAUGGAUAUUCUGACAAAUCAUUGCCACUAAAUUUUAAUCCAAAAAACCUUGUUGCACUCCACAUGCCUUUUAGCAAAGUUAAACAACUUUGGAAUGGGGACCAGGUAUAUGUUAACUUUUAUUUUUCAUUUUGUGCUUUAAAUUGUAAA